GGGUCAAAACCCAGAAAAAGUGCAGUAUUCUACCUUGUAAAUACUGUUAUUUGUAUAUACUGUAAAUGAUGACGUCGGUGGGCACGAACCGAGCCCGGGGAAACUGGGAACAACCUCAAAACCAAAACCAGACACAGCACAAGCAACGGCCACAGGCCACUGCGGAACAAAUUCGACUUGCACAGAUGAUUUCAGACCAUAAUGAUGCUGACUUUGAGGAAAAGGUGAAACAAUUGAUUGAUAUCACAGGCAAGAACCAGGAUGAAUGUGUCAUUGCUUUGCAUGACUGCAAUGGAGAUGUCAACAGAGCCAUCAAUGUCCUGCUGGAAGGAAACCCAGAUACGCAUUCCUGGGAGAUGGUCGGAAAGAAGAAAGGAGUCUCAGGACAGAAGGAUGGUGGCCAAACGGAAUCCAAUGAGGAGGGCAAAGAAAAUCGAGACCGGGACAGAGACUAUAGUCGGCGACGUGGUGGGCCACCAAGACGGGGAAGAGGCACCAGCCGUGGACGAGAGUGUAUGCAUGGGGCUUUAACAAAACCAGCUGUGGUUCGGGGUCAGGAAAAUGGAUUAGAUGGCACCAAGAGUGGAGGGCCUUCUGGAAGAGGCACAGAGAGAGGCAGAAGAGGUCGUGGACGAGGCAGAGGUGGUUCUGGUAGGCGGGGAGGAAGGUUUUCUGCUCAAGGAAUGGGAACCUUUAACCCAGCUGAUUAUGCAGAACCAGCCAAUACUGAUGAUAACUAUGGCAAUAAUAGCGGCAGUACGUGGAACAACACUGGCCACUUCGAGCCAGAUGAUGGGACGAGACUUGAUUUCAUUGGGGUUGAGGGGUCAAAUUAUCCCCGAAAAUUUGAGACUGCUCCUGGUGCAUGGAGGACCGCAACAGAGGAGUGGGGAACUGAAGAUUGGAAUGAAGAUCUUUCUGAGACCAAGAUCUUCACUGCCUCUAAUGUGUCUUCAGUGCCUCUGCCUGCAGAGAAUGUGACAAUCACUGCUGGUCAGAGAAUUGACCUUGCUGUCCUGUUGGGGAAGACACCAUCUUCAAUGGAGAAUGAUUCAUCUAAUCUGGAUCCAUCUCAGGCUCCUUCUCUUGCCCAGCCUCUGGUGUUCAGUAACUCGAAGCAGAAUACCAUAUCACAGCCUGCUUCAGGGAACACAUUUUCUCAUCACAGUGUGGUGAGCAUGUUAGGGAAAGGAUUUGGUGAUGUCAGUGAAACUAAAAGUGGCAGCACCACAGGCUCCCAGUUCUUGGAGCAAUUCAAGACUGCUCAGGCCCUGGCUCAGUUGGCAGCUCAGCAUUCUCAAUCUGGAACCACCACCACCUCCUCUUGGGACAUGGGCUCCACCACACAGUCCCCAUCGCUGGUGCAGUAUGAUUUGAAGAACCCAAAUGAUUCAACAGUGCACAGCCCCUUUACAAAGCGCCAGGCUUUUACCCCAUCUUCAACCAUGAUGGAGGUGUUCCUUCAGGAGAAGCCACCCGCAGUGGCUACCUCCACAGCUGCACCUCCACCCCCCUCUUCUCCUCUGCCAAGCAAAUCCACCUCGGCUCCACAAAUGUCUCCUGGGUCUUCAGACAACCAAUCCUCCAGCCCUCAGCCGGCUCAGCAAAAACUGAAACAGCAGAAGAAAAAAGCCUCCUUGACUUCUAAGAUUCCUGCUCUGGCUGUGGAGAUGCCUGGCUCAGCAGAUAUCUCAGGGCUAAACCUACAGUUUGGGGCAUUGCAGUUUGGGUCAGAGCCUGUCCUUUCUGAUUAUGAGUCCACUCCAACCACGAGCGCCUCGUCAAGCCAGGCUCCAAACAGCCUCUAUACCAGCACGGCCAGUGAAUCUUCAUCUACAAUUUCAUCUAAUCAGAGUCAGGAGUCCGGUUAUCAGAGUGGCCCAAUUCAGCCAACAACCUAUACCUCCCAAAACAACGCUCAGGGCCCUCUGUAUGAACAGAGAUCCACGCAGACUCGGCGGUACCCCAGCUCCAUCUCUUCAUCACCCCAAAAGGACCUGACUCAGGCAAAGAAUGGCUUCAGUUCUGUGCAGGCCACGCAGUUACAGACCACGCAAUCUGUUGAAGGUGCUACAGGCUCUGCAGUGAAAUCUGACUCACCUUCUACUUCUAGUAUCCCCCCUCUCAGUGAAACGGUAUCUGCAGCUUCCUUAUUGACGACAACCAAUCAGCACUCGUCCACUUUGGGUGGCUUGAACCACAGUGAGGAGAUUCCAAAUACUACCACCACCCAACACAACAGUACGUUAUCUACUCAGCAGAAUACCCUUUCGUCAUCAACAUCUUCUGGGCGUACUUCAACAUCCACUCUUUUGCACACAAGCGUGGAGAGUGAGGCGAAUCUUCAUUCUUCCUCCAGCACUUUCUCCACCGCGUCCAGCACAGUCUCUGCACCUCCGCCAGUGGUCAGUGUCUCCUCCAGUCUCAAUAGCGGCAGCAGCCUGGGCCUCAACAUAGGCAGCAACUCCACUGUCACAGCCUCGACUCGAAGCUCAGUUGCUACAACUUCAGGAAAAGCUCCUCCUAAUCUCCCUCCUGGGGUCCCGCCAUUGUUGCCUAAUCCGUAUAUUAUGGCUCCAGGGCUGUUACAUGCCUACCCGCCACAAGUAUAUGGUUAUGACGACUUGCAGAUGCUUCAGACAAGAUUUCCAUUGGAUUACUACAGCAUCCCAUUUCCUGCACCCACCACGCCGCUGACUGGGAGGGAUGGUAGCCUGUCCAGCAACCCUUAUUCUGGUGACCUCACAAAGUUUGGCCGUGGGGAUGCCUCCUCCCCAGCCCCGGCCACUACCUUGGCCCAACCCCAACAGAACCAGACGCAGACUCACCACACCACGCAGCAGACAUUCCUGAACCCGGCGCUGCCUCCUGGCUACAGUUACACCAGCCUGCCAUACUACACAGGGGUUCCGGGCCUCCCCAGCACCUUCCAGUAUGGGCCUGCUGUGUUCCCUGUGGCUCCUACCUCUUCCAAGCAGCAUGGUGUGAAUGUCAGUGUGAAUGCAUCGGCCACCCCUUUCCAACAGCCAAGUGGAUAUGGGUCUCAUGGAUACAACACUGGUGUCUCAGUCACCUCCAGUAACACGGGCGUGCCAGACAUCUCGGGUUCUGUGUACUCCAAAACCCAGCAAUCCUUUGAGAAACAAGGUUUUCAUUCCGGUACUCCGGCUGCCUCCUUCAACUUGCCUUCAGCCCUAGGAAGUGGGGGGCCCAUCAAUCCAGCCACAGCUGCUGCCUACCCACCUGCCCCCUUUAUGCACAUUCUGACCCCCCAUCAGCAGCCGCACUCCCAGAUCCUUCACCAUCACCUACAGCAGGAUGGCCAGCUACCAUAUUUGCAGAUGAUUCUCUGUUGCCAGCGCCAGCAGGAGGAGCAGGUAAUGAAACUGAAUGAUAUGCUUGAACCCACUCCUUUUCAGUCCCCAUUACACCUCCACAGCCUUAGGGAAUUUGAGAAAAGUUUGCACGAUCACAAAUCGGGAUACACAAACACAAACACCUUGCUGAGCUCUCUGGCCUCCCAUCCUCUCUUGUCCUCCCCUCCUCAAUGCUCUCUUUCUUUCUGCCCUACCCCGCCUCUGGGAACACUUGGUUACUGCAAUGGAAAGGAUUCUUGGGGGCAGCAUCUGAAGCCUGGGGCCUUGAGACUGUCUCUCCACCUUGCCUGUAAUAGGCUCACAGAUAUGAUACAUGUGGCAGGGGUGGGGAGCCAUGGGAUGGUACAAGUGACCUCCUCCACCAUAGGUGCCUGGGAGAUGGAAUAAGGGCCUCUUUGCUCUCAAAGGCAGCUUUCCAAAUGAGGCCUUCCUGGGGAUUAAUGAAAAUGAAAUCGCUUGUGAUCGCUCAUCUUCAAGAGGCCAUAAUUCUCUCUAGAGAGUUGCCUUUUCUCAGAGCAGGGGAAUGAGGGGAGGAGACGGUACAAUUGAAAAUGAGUAGAACUGAUUCACUGUCUAAUCUCUGAAGGUAUCUUGCCCUCUUUUCAUCUUUCCCCUGUUUAAAGGGUUUUUUGCGGGGAUUUUUGCUGCUUUUUGUUUGUGUUUUGUUUUUUUGGUCAGAGGUGCUUUAGCAGCCAUAUAAACCAAAUUUUCUGUGGUUGAGAAGCUUCAGAAUAGUUUCUAAGCAAGGGGAAUGGGAAA